AUGACGGCCAACGCGCUUCACAAUGACUAUCCGUGGACGUCCCCGGACCUCCCCUUGGUGGUUGCCGCACCAAUGAUGAAGAUUACCAUGGGCCGUUUGGCAGUCUCGGUGUCUGCCAACGGCGGCAUGGGUUUCCUCGCCGGUGGAUUCGACCUCUCGUCCCUCCUACAGAACCUUUCUGAAGCAGCGGAAUAUGCCAAGUCCACCAACGUCCCCCUUCAUAACGGUGUACUCCCCAUCGGCGUGGGCGUCCAGAACUGGGGCGCCUCCCUCCCUCUCCUGAUCCAGGCACUGGAGAAACACCCCGUCGCGGCGGUGUGGCUCUUUGCGCCCACACACCUCUGCGAUCUCCUCGACUGGGCGAAAGCCAUCCGCCAGCUCACCGACGAGCGCACCAAGAUCUGGGUCCAGAUCGGCACCGUGGCCGAGGCAAUCGAAGUGGCCAAGACGACGAAGCCGGACGUCUUGAUUGUGCAGGGCUCGGACUCGGGCGGCCACGGGCUUGCGCAGCGCGCGAGCUUGCUGACACUCGUACCGGAAGUGCGGGAUACGUUGGCGGGGGAAGGGAUCGACAUUCCGGUCCUGGCGGCCGGUGGAAUCAUGGAUGGGCGGGGAGCCGCGGCUGCGUUGGCACUGGGCGCGGACGGCGUGUGUUUGGGCACAAGGUUUCUCGCCUCCGAGGAAGCGGUCAUCGCCAAGGGCUACCAAGAUGAAGUCCUGCGAGUGACCGACGGCGGGACAAGCACGGUGUCGACUACCAUUUACGACGUCGUCCGAGGCAUCCACGGAUGGCCGCAGACGUAUACGGCCCGAGGGGUGGUGAAUCGGACCUAUCUGGAUGCGGUGCAUGGCGGCAUGGGAGACGAGGAGAACGUGCAGCUCUACGGCGAAGCGGUGAAGAUGGGCGAUGCGGGCUGGGGUCCCGAAGGGCGGAUGACCACCUACGCGGGCACGGGAAUAGGGCUGGUGCGAGAAAUCAUGUCGGCGGGGCAUAUUGUGCGAAGCGUCCAGCAAGAGGCGGUACAAGUUCUGCAGCGGUCUGCCGCGAAGUACGGCAAGAUGUGA